CCAUUGCUGAUUCAUGUACGUGUUUAAUUAAUAUGAUCCAAACAAUGUUACCGCUAUUCGCACCUUUGUUUGGAUGGACGACGUCGUUGGAGGAUGAUAGUAUAAGGCCUGAGCAGCAGAGCUACGUUUACAGAGACACUACUGAAAUUUCAGAGUCAUAUCUUCGUGUCCCUCCAUCUUAUCAUUUGCCGCAAGAUGAUGAUGAUCACCACCAUCGGCUUGCAAAGUCGGUGAUGAGUUUUAGCGGCGACCCCACGACGGUUAAGAAGCUUAAUCACAACGCUAGCGAGCGUGAUCGUCGCAAGAAGAUGAAUUCUUUAUACUCCUCUCUCCGCUCACUACUUCCCGCGACAGAUCACACGAAAAAACUAAGUGUUCCGGCAACAGUUAACCGUGUGUUAAAGUACAUUCCACAACUACAAGAGCAAGUGGAGGGACUGCUGCAAAAGAAGGAAGAACUUUUAUCAAGCUUUUCUAGGGAAGGAGGUCUAAAUCGUCAAGAGACGAAGAGUAAAACUGUAGCAGGAAAGUCUAGCUCUGCUGUUUCUGCAAUUUGGCUUAAUGAUAGAGAAGUUUCCCUUCAGAUGACCCCCUAUAAGUCCCACAACUUUUCUCUAUCUGAGAUCUUGCUAUACUUGGAGGAAAAUGGGCUUCUUCUAUUAAAUGCUUCUUCUUUUGAGUCUUUUGGAGGAAGGGUGUUCUACAAUUUACAUUUUCAGGUGGAAGGAACCAAUAGAUUGGAUUGUGAGUUUUUGAGUGAGAAGGUCAUGUACUUGAUUAAUAAGAGGCAAUAAUAUUAUUUCUGUUGUUACCGUGCACAAUAAUGAUGAAUAUAUGAAAUCGAAAAGAUCGAGAGUAAGAGAAAAU